AGUUAUUGUUGCGCGGCCUAUAUAUAUGGCUUGCAUAUACUGUACAAAACAAUGCAGUACACUCGAACUCUUGAGUGUACUUAGGCUUGUACGAGAACAUAUGUUUCCCGUAACGAAGUGCGGAAACAAUUCUAGAUUGAUCCAACGUACCAACAAUUUCGAAGAUCAUGACUUGCCAGUAUUUCUCAAUCGUCGUGGCGAAAUGAAGUUGCUUGCGUACAAAGUGCGAGGAUUUCAGGUCUCUUCGGAUUACUCAUCCCAACCAAUAUGCAUCGAAAUUCGCACAUAGAUGAUCGCAUUCCCAGUCACAAUGGGCAAUGGUAGAGAGUUCGAUCCUUUGUACUGUAUUAAUUAGUAUUCCGCGUCGGAAGCCUGUCACCCCUGUAUGCUCAACCAUCAAUCAUGACACAACAACGUAAUACAUCAGGGGAAUAUUUAUGCGACCGGAUCAACCAGGAAGAGUCCAUGGAAAUCGGGUUGGUGUGGAACAGAUCCCCGGAAGGCGCAGAGAAGCUAGCCUUUAAGCAUCGCGUUCCUACCGUGAUCACAGAUCUGGAGCGUGACCUACCGCAAUUACUACCCAAGGACGAACGCACGUCCAGCAACAGCAACCCGUCCAUUCAUGUGGUUGUUGAGGUUGCCCACCCGGACGUUACACGGGUUAUUGGCAGUUCCGUGAUCAAGAGCGGAUGCAAUUAUUUCAUCGGGUCGCCGUCCGUGUUGGCUGAUGAGAGUGUGAUGCGUGAUUUGGAGUCGGCUAGUGCGCAGUCUGGUGCGAAGGUGUAUGUGCCUUGUGGCGCGUUUUGGGGAGCAAACGACAUCAGGAAAAUGGCGGAUUUGGGCACCCUGUCGUCGCUCGUCAUUACCAUGCGCAAGCAUCCGAGCUGCCUGAAGAUUGAAGAGCUAAAGGAAAAACUUGGUCCGGACCCGUCGAAGAUCUCCGCUCCCAUCGAACUUUACAACGGACCAGUUCGGCAGUUGUGUCCCCUGGCUCCCAACAACGUCAACACCAUGGCCGUGGGUGCAUUGUGCGCACACAACCUUGGAUUCGAUAGAGUUAUCGGACGCCUUGUGGCUGACCCAGCAUUAAAUGAUCGCCACGUUGUGGAGAUUGAAACCAGGUCGAAAACAGGACCAGCACUGGAACAAGAGCUGGUGGUUAAGACGACGAGGGAAAACCCCGCUGGACUCGGAGCCGUGACCGGCAAUGCUACGUUUGAUUCGUUCUGGGCUUCCUUGCGAGACGCGUGUGAUGAAAUUCGCUCGAACGCGAUGAAAAGGAGGGAACAAUUCGCGAUUGUGUGCUGAUUUCUUUCGGGAAUUCAUCGGUUUAGGAACGAGCAAUACUAGACCUAUAUGUACUUCUAUCGGGACUUGGGAGAUAAUUGAACAAUAUAGUAUAAUUUACAGUAAGUCCCUGUUCAAAAAUACUAAUUGCAAAAUUUCUUCGUCGUAAUGUAGAGGGAUGAGGAAACUGGCUCGCUUAAAUGAAACAAAAUCUUGGGGCCAGAAAACGUUCAAAUUUUGGCAAUUUUUGGGCUUAAGCUUUGUAAUUUCCCAAAAAAUCGAAGAAAAAUUAAAAAAGAAAGGCAUACCUUCGCCUUUUUCCGAUGCAGAAAUUUAAUUUCGCAAGCUUACCAGUAUUAUUUCAAUUCAAUGCUAAUUAAUUUUAGUUUAAUAUCUUAUAAUGUAUAGGAAAAAUACCGUUUACAGGUUUAUCGGGGUCUUUUUUUUGAGUGUCUGCUGGAAAAAAAUUGAAUAUUUUAAAACGCAUUCUCAUGAUGAGGGAAAACGCGUCCAGGAAUGGAUAAAUUUUGUUAUGAGGGGACGCAUUGGAUUACUUUUUUGCGUUAAAUCAAAUGUAAGACGCCCUUAUUCUCCAAAAAAUUGGCUCAGAAAAAUACGAUUUCUCUAUUCGAUGCAUCCGAAUAACUACCGUAUAUAUGAGCAAUACCCAGUACAGUAUUCAGAUUUUUCAUGCACAAAAUCCAUCAGUCGACAAAAUAAGCACCCUGAACUUACUUGGUGUUCUGACUUUCCAAGAACCUAAAAUUUAUAAAUAAAUUAAGGUUUUCCCCACAAAAAGGAACAAUGGGAUGUCACACGACCCUCUUCCCCUGAAGUCAAUGACUCAUGCAUCUUGAAUUGAUGAAACCUGAUCAUUCUUUUGAUUAUUUUCUACUUGAAUGAAAAAGACUAGGGGAGGAACUACAGUAAAUUGUUUUGGCCUCGAACGGGAAAAUUUCCUACUAUAUGUGGAUAUUUACGCAAAUUGCAUGAUUAUGCAAAUAGGAGCAUCCCGUAUUUUUUUUGUGCUUCUAAAAUUAGAAAACGGGUUGCUUAUAUUCUCAUAAAUAUGGUAUAACUUAAAAUUGGAUAAUAUCCCUUCACCAUUUCCUGUGCAAGUAAAUUAAGCUGACCAUCCGUACACAGCUAAAGAGAUUUCCGGAAAUACUGUACCGAAACAAUGUAUGCAUUAUGAAUAUGAACGUGAAGAUAUUUAUGUGCCGAAAAUGGCGCGAUAAAAACUGUUGGAAGUUCGUCUUACAUUUGAGACGAAUCUUUUGGGUGAUGAAAAAGUGCUUCUUCAUGGUUACAAGGUUCGUAUACGGUAUUGAGGUACUGUAUAUUAUAGAGGGAAUUGCUCCAAUUUGUGACAUCAAA